AUGUCCGACCGCAAUCGCAAUCACGCCGGAGACCAGUCCCCGCCUCACCACAAUCUUCAAAUCGAAGAUUCGAAAGAGGAGGAGGACGAGGACGAGGAAUGUCCGAUCGAGCAGGUGCGGCUGACGGUGCCGGAGACGGAUGAUCCGACGGUGGCGGCGCUGACGUUCCGGACGUGGUUUUUGGGCAUUAUUACGUGCGUGAUGCUUUCGUUUAGCAACCAAUUUUUCGGAUACAGACAAAACUCCUUAGUGGUUAGCUCUGUGGCGGCACAAAUAGUGACGCUUCCGAUCGGGAAGUUCAUGGCGAGGGUGUUGCCGACGACGUCGUUUAGGGUUCCGUUUACGGAGUGGUCGUUUUCGCUGAAUCCGGGGGCGUUCACUAUAAAAGAGCAUGUGCUGAUCACUAUCUUUGCCAACUGCGGCGCCGAAGGGGUUUACGCCGUCAGCAUUGUGACGAUUGUGAAGGCUCUUUACCACCGCCCUCUCAAUCCGAUUGCAGCCUGGUUGUUGGUUCAGUCUACUCAGAUGCUUGGGUAUGGAUGGGCUGGGAUAUUUAGGAGAAUGCUGGUGGAUUCUCCGUAUAUGUGGUGGCCUGGAAACAUGACUUCAGUCUCUCUCUUCAGAACAUUGCACGAAGAAGAUACAAGAAAGAAGGGAGGGCUAACACGGCUGCAAUUCUUCGUGAUAGUAUUCACAACAAGCUUCGCAUACUACGUGGUCCCAGCCUACUUCUUCCCCACAAUUUCCUCCCUCUCCCUCCUCUGCUACAUCGGCAAGGACUCCAUCUUGAUGCAGCAGCUCGGCUCCGGCCUCCACGGCAUGGGAAUCGGGUCCUUCACCUUCGACUGGGCCACCGUCAGCUUCAUAGGCGACCCCAUCGCCACCCCGGGCUUCGCCAUCAUCAACGUCGUCGUCGGCUUCAUCCUCGUCAUGUAUGUCGUAACGCCCAUCACAUACUUCAACAACAUCUACCAGGCCAAGAAGUUCCCCUUCUUCUCCUCCGCCACUUUUGAUGACACCGGCAUGAAAUACAACAUCUCCCGCGUCCUCAACGAGGCCACCUUCUCCUUCGAUGUCGCUGGCUACGAGGCCUACAGCAAACUCCAUGUCAGCGCCUUCUUCGCCUUCACUUAUGGCAUCGGAUUUGCUAUGCUCUCCGCCACCAUCGUCCACGUCGCGCUCUAUCAUGGAAAAACAAUUUGGGCCUUGUGGACGAAAACAAAGAGCAAAUUCAAGUUAGAUGUGCACACAAGAUUAAUGAAGAAGAACUAUGAAUCUGUGCCGGACUGGUGGUUCCACUCCAUCCUUGCUCUAGUGUUUGGGUUGUCGCUUUUUGCUUGUGAAGGUUUCGGAAAGCAGCUUCAGCUUCCGUGGUGGGGGCUUAUACUGGCGUGUGCGAUGGCCUUCUUCUUCACUCUACCGGUUGGCAUAAUCCAAGCCACAACCAACAUGCAAAUCGGGUUGAAUGUGAUCACAGAGAUGCUUAUAGGCUUCAUAUACCCAGGGAAGCCACUUGCAAACGUAGCAUUCAAGACGUACGGCUACAUAAGCAUGGCGCAAGCCUUAACUUUCCUCGCGGAUUUCAAACUAGGCCACUACAUGAAGAUCCCGCCCAAAUCCAUGUUCGUGGCCCAGCUGGUGGGCACGGUGGUGGCCUCGUCCGUCUACUUCGCAACCGCAUGGUGGCUCCUAUCAACAAUCGGCCACAUCUGCGACGCGGCCGCCCUGCCAGAGGGCAGCCCCUGGACCUGCCCGAGCGACAACGUGUUCUACAACUCGUCCAUCAUCUGGGGAGUGAUCGGCCCGCUGAGGAUGUUCACGAGCAAGGGCGUGUACGGGCUGCUGAACUGGUGGUUCCUGGUGGGGGCGGUGGCGCCGCUGCCGGCCUACUUCCUGAGCCGGAGGUACCCGGAGAAGAAGUGGGUGAGGAUGGUGAACGUGCCGCUUAUCCUGGGGGCGACGGCGAGCAUGCCGCCGGCGAGGUCGGUGAACUACGUGAUGUGGGGAGCAGUGGGCGUGUAUUUCAAUGUGUACGUGUAUCGGGUGAACAAGCGGUGGUGGGCGAGGUAUGCGUAUGUGAUGUCGGCGGCGAUCAACGCUGGGAUUGCGUUUAUGGCUAUUGUGAUGUACUUCGCGCUGCAGUCGUAUGACGUCUCUAUUAAUUGGUGGGGAUUGGAUAUUGACGACCAUUGCCCCUUGGCGUCGUGCCCCACCGCGCCUGGCGUCGCCGUUGAAGGUUGCCCGGUGCACUGAUGCUUUUUAUAUAUAUA